AUGGACACUGUUCAGAAACUGGUGUCUGGCUUUCACUUGGACCUGGGGCCACUGAAGGAACCCAUUGGAUUUAUCCGCGUUAUAGAAUGGGUAUUUGCCAUCUUUGCCUUUGCUACAACCGGAGGCUACAGUGGGGCCACCAGCCUGACGGUUGAAUGUCCAGAUGUGGAGCCUCAGGAGGUAACAGCUGUGUUUGGAUACCCCUUCAGGUUAUCAGCUCAUUCUUACGUCAUCCCGUCAUGUAACCAAGCUCCAGCGAGUGAAUUCUACCUACAAGGAGAUUUCUCGUCCUCGGCAGAGUUUUUCGUUUGUGUCGGGGUGUUUGCCUUUCUCUAUUGCACCGCUGCACUGGUCCUGUACUUGGGCUUUCAAAGUGUCUACCGCCAGACGAGCCACGGACCCACGAUAGACUUGUUGGUGACAGCAGUCUUUGCCUUUUUGUGGUUAGUGUCAUCCUCAGCGUGGGGGAAAGGUUUGACUGACAUUAAAGCUGCCACCAGCACGGAGCACCUGCUGGAGACAUGCCCUCUCUGUAAGAGCAGUGACGGACCAUCCCUGGGCCGCCUCAACGCCUCUGUGAUCUUUGGAUUCCUGAAUUUGAUCCUCUGGACGGGCAAUUGCUGGUUUAUUUACAAAGAGUCUGCUUUCCAUAAAGGUCCAGCUCCAACCAACUCGUCUGUAGAAACUGGAGAGGGCCUCGCCUCCUUCUCCCAAUAG